UGUGCUCUGGGCUACGCUAUCCGACGAGGUAAGCCUCAAGAUGACCUACCUAGAGAGAACUUGCCAUUAUCUGACCAUUUUGAUGACCAGCUUCGGGAGAUGAAGGCCAUAAUGGAGAGCGAUGCGAGUGUUGAUGGAGUUCACGACGGAACGUUCUCUACAACAUCGUUCUGGAGCACUGAGAAGCUUCUCGUUGGGGGCGAAGCUACCACUGACAGCCAGCCAGAGCAUCCUCCUCCGAGCCAUGUGCUCUGCUUGUGGCAAGUAUUUUUGGACCGAGUCAACCCUGUGACCAAGCUUAUCCACGUACCUUCAGUCCAGCCUUACUUGGCUCAAGCGACAGCGCCGUGGCCCUGGCUGCCAGAGAACAUCGAGGUUUUACUCUUUGCGAUUUACGCCGUCGCCGUCGUUGCUUUGGACGACAACGAAUGCAUCUCCAUGCUAGGAUCUCCUAAAAAUACUUUGUUUCAGCGCUAUACCUCGACGUUGAGGAGCGCCUUGCACCGGGCUCGGUUCCUUAAGACUACCGAUAUUGUGAUCCUUCAAGCACUGACACUUCACUUGGUUCGGAACAGUAUCGCUACAGCCGAUUAUUCCACUUUGUGGGCUAAUCCCGGUAUAGAGGAUAUCAUAACCUCCAUGGAGCAAAAUGCUGUUUCCAGCGGAACAGGGAGUCGAGGCUGGGGUGCCAAGCUCGACAAGUUGGCAGCAGGAGUAGAGGGCCAUCUUGACAGACUUAUACAGCAAUACUCUGAUCCUACUGCAGGACCUCUGCAUCAAGACGCAAGCCAGAUCAAAUUCGCUAUGACCACCAAGGUCCGCAAGAUGUGCCAGCAGCCUUGGAAGCAGCUUGAAACAGGCUCACAACCCACCGUGGGGAAUGAUCAUUUAUUUCGCCUUUCUAUUGACGCUAUUGAGCAUGUCACUGGCUUGUAUCAGGCCAUGGCAACCAAGAACUUGCUGUGGUUUGUUUCUACCCUCUUUGAGAGUGAGCUCUUUACCUAUCUAGUUGGAGAGCUUCACAGCCGCACCUCGGGCGUAUUGGUGGAGCGAGCCUGGGGACUCAUACCGGUCAUAUACCAUUACCACCAAGAUCUGUUUGAUUUGUCAAUUGAAUUGAAUGUCGUUUUGACUUCGUUUGUUUUGAAGGCCUGGGGCAAGAGGAAAGGAAUACUCGAAGCCAAAUUCGGGCACGGGGUGGAAGCGCCAGCUUAUGUGCAAAGACUGGAGAAAUCAAUGCCCUUAAGGGGCGUCAGUACUGGCCCCUUGUCUAGCAUGCCGUUCCCACCGCCUCCCAUGGCCCUGGGUUUUUCGGGUGCCCAAGACAUGCCGUGGGAUCCCCGGUCUAUGGGGUUCAUGAAGGAAGACAACUUUGGCGACUCUCCCUGGACGGAAUUGCAAUCAGACAUGCACCGCCAUGUCCUCGGCUCUGGGGAAGAAACCGACAAUACCCUCCCGGGAGACUGCCUGGCAGAUCCCCAGGCACCCUGGUAA